AUGGUUAAAAUUCGAGGAAACGGGAUGGAGGUGAGUGAUUUUUUUUAGUUGAAAAUCAAUUUUUAUCAAGAUUUUUUCAAAAGUAAGAAUUGAAAUAAUAAAAACAAAUUUAUCACAAUUUCCGAUCCAAUUAUUAGUACCAGAUUUUCCCACACUUUAUAAAAUUUUUCUUUUGGUACACAAAUCUGUUUUCGCCUCAAAACAAAACUUUUCAAAAUUCUGGUCUGCAAUAUCCUCGUGAGUUUUAAUUUAAUUUCGGCGAGCUUUUUUGAUUACAAUUGUUUUUUCCGCUCUACUAAAAAUUUAAUUAAACUGUGUAAUCAUUCUAGAAAAAUAUUCGUGAAAAUGCUUUUUGUUGAAUUUUUGCGAAGACAAAUCAAUAGAAAUUCUAAAUCUCAAUCAACUGAAGUUUUGAUUGUAAGUUUAUUUUUCAUUGAAAAUCAGAAUCUGGUGAAUUACAAAGUUCAAAUAAGUCUUUUUAUAUAAAAGCAUUAGUUCACCUAAUCCUUAUUCAAAAAAUGCAAAAAUGAUCCCGGAAAUACAUCUUUUUUUUCAAUUUAGCAAAUGCAAAAGUCAACAAACUAUUUUACCCAAAAAAAAAGAAACAACUUUUUCAUAAAAAACCAAUAAAAUAUUUCUUUGCUUCCGAGAUCGAUUAACUGCUGCUUUUCUUUUUUUUUUCUUCCAUAUAUUUUUUCUUCUGAUAGGCGUUGACUAGGAAAAGCUAAGCCGUUUUUGUUUUUUUCUUCGUCUUUCCGUUUGUCGCUUUGACGACCGAACACGAAUAUCUCCUUUUCCUACGUAGCUCACAUUUUUUCGAAUAUUUCUAUACAUUUUUUGGCGAGUGAGCGUUCCUCUGUGAUAAAUCCUAUCAAAAUUCGGCCGAAAUUCCAUUUUCGCGUUUUUGCCGCCGAUUGCAAGGAGAUGAUUCCUAUUGGGGAGGUUUGCAAAUAUUUGGGACGGGAUCAAUUCAAUAAUUUGAUGUUUUAUGAGAAAGUUUUGAAACAAAGUUUUAAAGAAAAAUCCAAAGAAUUAAGAAAAAGUUUCAAUUUUUAAAAAUUAUCUACCACGAAAAAUUCAAAAAUUUUCAGAAACUAGUCCUUUGAAGUGGUAAAUUAUACACAGUGAAUUCAUUUCUAAUUAAAAUAUAAAUAUUUUCAGACUCAUGAUGGUCGGGCUGACAUGACCAAUUUUGAAAUGGAUCUCUUUGAUACGCGGAUAAAUAUACCGAAAUUAGAAAGAAGUUCGGAAGAAAAUUCGAAGUGUUGUAAUUGCGGGUAAGUGUUUUCUUCAGAAAAUUCAAUUUCCAAAAAUGUUUGAUUAGAAAAUCCCAACAAUAAAUGUUGAUUUCAGAAACUCGCGAAAUCGUAUAAUAAAAACCAGCUUGUGUUCCGAUUAGUAUAAUCUCACUACUUAUUAUUGCUCUUGUUUUUCUUCCACUUUUUAAUGAAGAAGAUCUGGCUUCUCCAAUUAAAUUAACAACGGCUUGUUCAAAACAUUGCAAAUCAUAUUUAAUUGAAUCAAUUCCGACUGGAGUUCCAUUUCCAACUCAAAAUUCAACAGCUGAUGCAUGGAUUCAAUUAAUUGAUAACACAAAACGAUUUUUAGAUAUUUCUGUUAUGUACUGGAAUUUGAAUAGUUCGGAUUAUAAAACUGCGAUUCAUGGAAAACUUGUUUAUCAGGUGAGUUUAUAAUGAAAAAAUGUCCUUUCACAUUCACAUUCUCAGAAAUACAAAUAUCUACUACAAAUCUAAAUUUUAGGCUCUAAUUCGUGCUGGAAAACGAGGUGUAAAAAUAAGAAUUGCACAAGAUGGUAGUUCGAAUUUAUCGGAUAAUUUAGAAUCGAAAUAUCUUGUUGAUCAAGGUUUAGCUGAACUUCGAGAAAUUAAUGUGACGAAACUAAUAAAAUCUGGAAUUAUACAUACAAAAUUCAUGAUUUCUGAUAUUUCGACAGUUUAUAUUGGAAGUGCAAAUAUGGAUUGGAAAUCGUUAAGUGAAGUAAAAGAAGUUGGAAUUGUUGUUACAAAUUGUCCGUGUGUGGCUGGUGAUUUAUAUAAGAUUUUUGCGGCUUAUUGGAAAUUGGGCGAAAAAGAUGCGAGAGUACCGGAUAAAUGGCCAAUUUCAUAUCGAACUCCUUUCAAUUUUUCACAUAUGGGAAAUUUGCCAUUGAAUGACAAACCAGCUGAAUUUUUCAUCUCGGUGAGUGGAAGUGUACAUUUUUUUGUAGACGUUUUCCAAGAAAAUUUUUUCCAGAGUUCACCAGCCGAAUUUAAUCCAAAAAAUCGAGAACAUGAUUUGAAAGCAAUUCAAAAAAUAAUGGCAAACUCAAAUUCAACAAUUUGCAUUAGUGUUAUGGAUUAUAUUCCAGCAACAAUUUAUAUGAAAAAAGAACCGAAUAGAUAUUGGUCUGAAAUUGAUGAUUCAAUUCGUGGCGCUGCUUAUCGAGGUGUCGAAGUUCGAAUGUUGAUUUCUCAUUGGAAUCAUUCGAGAAAAGAAAUGAUUGCAUAUUUGAAGAGUUUAGAAGCAAUUAAUGAUGGAAUGCCAAAAAGAGGAGAAAAACAAGGAAAAAUUAAAGUGGUUAGUUUUUUCUUGGAAAAAAAGUAUGAAUGAAUUUCUAAAAAAAUUGUUUUUCAAGAAAAUAUUCACAGUUCCUGCCGACGCCGAACAACAGAAGAUUCCAUUUUCUCGCGUAAAUCAUGCCAAAUAUAUGGUGACUGAAUCGAUUUCUUAUAUUGGUAUGUUUUUCUCUCAAUCUAUUGUUUUCCUAUAAUUCAUUCUUUUUUUAAAGGUACAUCAAAUUGGGCUGGUGAUUAUUUUAUUUCAACUGCUGGUGUUGCAAUGGUUAUAAAACAAGAAGAAGCUGUGAAACGGCUACAAAAUGUUUUUGAUAGAGAUUGGAAUUCGGAAUAUGCUGAAGAUCUUUCAUAG